UGUGAAAAGGCUUAAGAGAAUUGAUUUGGCUACUUAUGUCAUCAAAGUUGACUUAUCUUCUCCGGAACACAUUCUGAAAGAACUCCAGAGUUAAGCGUGCUUGACCUGCAGUAGUGGAAGGAUGGGUGACCUAUCGGGAAGUGAUUCGCGAUAGCAUGCGAGUGAGGCAAAAGCAUGGGAAAAGUUCGGGUGGUGAUUGCAAGGUCAGUAAACAAUGAUUUCGAGCCUUUAGAAAAAUUAACGGACCGAUCGCUGGAACGGGAUGGGCCCACGGGCCGAGAGAGCGGACGUGGGUGGCCCAUUAGCUGUGGGCGGUCAGGCGUUACAACAACACUGAGCGAUUUGCGGUCUACUACUUUUGAGAAAGCUGGUAAAGAUGAGAAAACAGAAAUUGAUUCGACGUCUGAAAAAGUUUUAUCUGGCAAUGUCUCGAAAGCUCAUGAAGCUAAUGUGAAACCUGACAAGGAUAAGAGACGAGAUGAAGAUAUAGUAUUCAAAAGAGAAGUGAGAAAAGAUAGAAUGGAAGCGAAGACCAUGGGAAGCUCUGAUGGAGAUUCAAGAAUCAAAAAGAAAGAACAAGGCAGAAGAAGCUCUUUGGAUAGCCCGAUGCCUGAUAAAGCCUGCUUCGCUAGUACACACGCAGCACCAGAAGUUGGCAAAGAUGGAGUCAAAGGGAAAGUGAUGGACUUUGUUAAGAUUUUCAGUCAAGGAGCUUCGGCUGGAGCAGGUGGGGAAUCUCUUGGUAAAAGCUCUAGAUGGAGAGCUAAAGAAAGUCUCGCUACUGAUAUCAAUAAAGACGGCGCUAAGACCAGAGAAACUGGAAACAUUCCUGAUCAACAAACGAAACCGAUUCCAGAUAUCCCGGCUAUGGCAACUCAGAGAAAGGUUUCAGAUCGGGUGAACGUGAACAAUAAUAAGACUAGUGGUGUUACUGAACAAGAGAAGAGACAGGAACCGAGCAAAACACAUACUACCUCAGAGGAUAUAGACGAGCCUAUUCAUGUAAAUUUCAUGGUAGAGGAUGUAACACAAGAUGAGAAUUCUCUGGAAGAAACCAAAAACGAUGCUGAAGAAAUCCAGAACAUCGAUGCUAAAAUCCGCAAGUGGUCAAGCGGAAAGAGCGGAAACAUCCGGUCUCUGUUGUCCACACUGCAGUAUAUUCUAUGGCCCGGGUGUGGAUGGAAGGCGGUUCCACUUAUGGACUUGAUAGAAGGAAACGCAGUUCGAAAAUCGUACCAGAGAGCAUUACUAAUCCUUCAUCCAGAUAAGCUACAACCGAAGGGUGCUUCUGACAACCAGAAAUACAUGGCUGAAAAAGUUUUCGAGUUAUUACAGGAAGCAUGGGACCAUUUCAACACUCUCGGACCAGUUUAAAGGAAGAUAAAUCUUUUAGUCUUUUAGUUCUUUACUCAAGGGCUAUGCAGUAGAAGUGUACAGUUACGGUUGUGAAUCAAAAGAUGUUGCAGAGUUUUUAAUACACACAGCUUUACACCAAUUCUUGUUUGUUUGUUGAUGAGGCUUUAAAGAGUUGAUGAGGCCCAUCAAUAAGGAUUUUAGUGGUUAGCCGUUAGAAAGAAAAAGGGAAAAAGAAACGGCAUGCGAAGGUGAGGCUAAGGUUGAGAUGGAGUUGUGUUGGGAUGGCUUUCAAACUUUUGUGAAUGACCAUCUUACAGCUUGCUUCAGAUACCAAGAAUGUAAUGCUGAGACUGACCGCACUCAAUUUGCGUUCCAUGUGACUUGUUUGUAUUCAGAAGACAGACUCAACUCAAGAGUGUAUUCAUUAUGAAAUGUAGCAUUUGUAGGUAGUUGUGUUAUUCUUCUAGCUAGCUUUGUCUAACUAGAUAUUUGAUGA